CAGUUUGAAUACAGAAAGAGAAAGGAGACGGCGGAGGGAUCGGGUGCUGGACUGAGGGGGAAACGCCGCUCGGAGUAUGUGGUCGCUGAUAGACGCUUAGUGUGGGCUGCGGUUUCUUCUCGUUGGUUGGUAUUGUUUACAUGGUGCGGAUUGUGCAGGCGGUUGCAGCAUUAGGACACGGAUCUUAUCAAGUUUUCCAGUUUAGGGAGUCUAAAAAGUGUCAAGAUGAGCGACUCCGACCCUUCAGCUACAGGGAACUUGGCCUGCAUGUUAUGUGGACGUAAAGAUGACUGCACUGAGAAAUUUGGGGAGAAAAAGACCUACAAAGAACACAAUUUGACUCUGCAUUAUUACUGCCUGCUUCUUUCCAGCGGCAUCUGGCAAAGGGGCAAUGAAGAUGAGGGUAUAUAUGGAUUCCUGGUCAGUGACAUUAAGAAAGAAAUAAACAGAGCCAGGAAAUUGAAAUGCUGUGUAUGUAAAGGACACGGAGCGUCCAUCGGCUGUGUGUUUCCUCGUUGCAAACGCGGUUACCAUUUUCCUUGUGGAACAGAGAGGCAGUGCAUUUUCCAGUUCACAGACAUCUUCAGUUCUUUCUGCUGGGAGCAUCGACCUGUACAGACAGUUCUCUCUACACAAAGCAAAGAGUCCUCUCCGUGCACAAUAUGUCUGGAGACUGUUGAGCAUGUUCCUUCCUACCAUGUUCUACGAGGACCUUGCUGUAAGACAUCUUGGUACCAUAGAGACUGCCUUCAGUAUCAAGCACUGAGCGCUGGACUAUUUUUCUUUCGAUGUACAGUAUGCAAUAAUAGAGACAUUUUUCAGGAAGAGAUGCUACGUAUGGGAAUCCACAUUCCAGAAAGAGAUGCAUCAUGGGAGCUAGAAGAAAAUGCUUUUCAGGAGCUUUUAGAGCGACAUCAACGUUGUGAUGUUAAAAGGUGCCUGUGCCGGAACGGUCGGGAUUAUAAUAUUCCAGAAAGUAAGUGGGAAAUCAUUCGUUGCCAGUCCUGUGGAUCCAGUGGUACUCACAUCGCCUGCUCCUCAGUUGAGAAUGUGAACCAGACAUGGGAAUGUGCAGAAUGUAGUAACAUCAUCUGCUCUCCAGUAAAAAGAUCACACCCUGCAUCUCUGAAUUGGUCGGAAACCAUUGAUAAUUCAGGGUUUGAUGCCGAGCCGCCAGCUGCAAAAUGUAGAAAGCAUUCACGCAACUCAAGACAAGUUAUUUUAAAGCAGGUUCAAAGACAUAUUUCUGAUAUCCUGCAAGAGCUGAGGUCUCCGAUAGAUAAAGCCACGUUUACUGUGAAAGUGCAAUCAAAGUCCCUCUGGAGAAGCUCCCUUAGUUGUUUCCGCAAGCGAUGUUUUUCUCCGUACAACGCUCUGCAGAUAACAUUCACUAAUGUAAACGGCAAAUCCUCAGACAUAUCUCCACCGUGUUACUUCAAAUUGCUACUCGAUGCCAUCCAGAACUCCAGCGUGUUUGAAGGAUCUGAGCGUAAAAAUCUUUCGUUAAACGUAGCUGCACUAGAAGAGGACCUGUACUAUGAAGCUGGCAGAAUGUUGGCUAUGGCAUUAGUUCAUGGUGGGCCGGCGCCAGGCUUUAUCUCGCACUCUCUCUUCUAUUGUCUCAUAUAUGAUUCUCACCAUGUGCAACCUACGAUAGAAGAUGUGGCUGAUCCCAAUGUUUUACAGGCAAUAUUGAAGAUACAGUCUUGUCACAAGAUUAAUGACUUAAAGGCCGUCAUUGCCGACUACUAUGAAUACCUGGAGAAUACUGGCAGCUUACGGCUUGUACAGUCUGUUAGUGAGAAGAGCUACCUGAUCAAGAAUAUUCUGGCUUACCACGUCAUUGGCCGAGUGCAGAAACCGCUCGAAAGGUUUAAAGAAGGCUUGAAGACUCUUGGCGUUCUUGAGAAUAUUCAGACAUACCCCACUGCCUUCUGGAGUGUUCUGUGCAUGAAGCCCGAGAAGCUAACUACGAAAGUGCUGGCCGACCUCUUUACAAUCACGUAUCAUAGGAGCCUCAGACCCGAUCAGCAGUGCAAUGCCAUCAAUCUGUGGGAGGACUAUUUGGAGGACACAGGAGAUGGCGCUACUGCAGUUUCAUUGGAAGACAUUUUGAGUUUUGCGACGGGCAUAGACUCCAUUCCACCCGCCGGUUUUACGCCACAGCCGUCCGUUCUGUUCCACAGUCAACAUAUAUUCCCCUCCGCGAACAGAAUCACCCACAGCCUGGAGCUCCCUGUGAAGGGCAGCUAUGAGGAAUUCCAGGAAAGCAUGGACAAGGCCAUAUGCACUGCACUGAACAAAUGAUGGACCCGGCAUGGAAGACGCUGGCGUUCAUCCUGCUGCUGUUUAGCUCUUAAGCCGAUUGUCACUUCGCUGGGACUGACACGGCGGCAGAUGACUUUUGACAUGCUUUCGCGCUAGACUUUCAAAACAAGGUUUUUUUUUUUUUUUUUUUUUGCCCGAUCAUAAAAGAAAUGC